AUGAGUGAGGAGAUGGAGGAUGGAGUUUUUACCUCCAAAGCAGCUCUGUUUGGGCAAAAUGACACCCAGACCAGAGUCAACAGCCAAAAGAACCAGGAGAGACCAGACUCUCCUGCACCCAGCUGUCUGUCCAUGAAAAGUGACGCAUCUAAACGUCAACCGAUUGAAUUCAAGGAUGGAGGCGACUCUGAUCAGCAGACUCAGGAGAACCAGAAGAGACCAGAUUCUCCUGCACCCAGCUGUUUGUCCAUGAAAAGUGAUGCGUCUAAACGCCAGCCGAUUGAAUUUAAGGAUGGAGGCGACUCUGAUCAGCACACUGACCAGAAGAACUCAGAGGUUCUUGGUGAUCGACGUCAAGCACAUCUGGACUCUGUUUUCAUGGUGCUUGAGGAGGAAAUAAUUAAUUUCACGAGAAGUGAACUGAAGAAAUUCAAGAAAAUCCUGAGUCCAGAAUUUUGUGGAGGUUCAGAGACGCUGAGAGAGGACGAUGAUGACACGCCUGGAGAAGAAGAGCAAACAAGCAGCAGCAGAAAUGCACUUCUGAAAAUCACACUGAACUUCCUGAGGAAACAGAAGCAUGAGCAGCUGGCUGAGUCUCUGCAGAGCAAAUCUUGUGCUGCAAUUUGCCAACGUAGAUUAAAAUCUACCCUAAGGAAAAAGUUCCAGUGUUUGUUUGAGGGCAUUGCCCAAGCAGGAAACCCAACUCUUCUAAACCAGAUCUACACCGAGCUGCACAUCACCGAGGGCGACAGUAGAGAAGUCAACGAUCAACACGAGGUCCAACAGAUCGAAGCAGCAUCCUGGAAACCACAAAGUCCAGAAACCACCAUCAGAUGCGAGGACAUUUUUAAACCUUUACCUGGAAGAGACGAACCAGUCAGAACACUGGUGACAAAGGGAGUGGCUGGCAUCGGGAAAACAGUCUUAACACAGAAGUUUACUUUGGACUGGGCUGAAGAAAAAGCUAACCACAACAUACAGUUUAUAUUCCCAUUCACCUUCCGAGAGCUCAGUCUGCUGAAAGCUAAGAAUUACAGUUUGGUGGAGCUUCUACAUCACAUGUUCACUGACAUCAAAGAAGCAGGAAUCUGCAGCUUCAAGGACUUCCAGGUUGUGUUCAUCUUUGACGGUCUGGAUGAGUGUCGCCUUCCUCUGGACUUCCACAACAAUGAGAUCCUGUAUGAUGUUACAGAGUCCACCUCAGUGGAUGUGCUGCUGACAAACCUGAUCAGGGGGAAGCUGCUUCCCUCUGCUCGCCUCUGGAUAACCACACGACCUGCAGCAGCCAAUCAGAUCCCUCCUGAGUGUGUUGACAUGGUGACGGAGGUCAGAGGGUUCACCGACCCACAGAAGGACGAGUACUUCAGGAAGAGAUCCAGAGAUGAGGAGCAGACCAGCAGGAUCAUCUCCCACAUCAAGACAUCCAGAAGCCUCCACAUCAUGUGCCACAUCCCAGUGUUCUGCUGGAUCACUGCUACAGUUCUGGACCACGUGUUGAGGAUCAAAGAGAAAGCAGAGCUUCCCCACAACCUGACUGAGAUGUACAUCCACUUUCUGCUGGUUCAGACCAAACAGGGCAAUGUCAAGUAUCUCGGAAAAACUGAGACGGAUUCAGUGUGGAACACAGAAACCAAGAAGAUCAUUCUUGCCAUGGGAAAACUGGCGUUUGAGCAGCUGGAGAAAGGACACCUGAUCUUCUAUGAAGCAGAUCUGAAAGAGUGUGGCCUUGACAUAAAAGCUGCAUUAGUCUACUCAGGACUGUUCACAGAGAUCUUCAGAGAGGAGCGAGGGUUGAACCAGGAGAGGGUGUUCUGUUUUGUCCAUCUGAGCAUUCAGGAGUUUCUGGCUGCACUUUAUGUCUUCCUGAUGUUCAUCAACAGUGGUGUCAAUCUGCUGACAAGAAGAAGGUUGCCACUGCGACAUGCAACUAGAUUAAAGCACCUCUACCAGAGGGCAGUGGACAAGGCUUUACAGAGUCCAAAUGGACACCUGGACUUGUUCAUUUGCUUCCUCCUGGGUCUGUCACUGGAUACCAAUCAGAUGCUCCUACGAGGCCUUCUGAAGAAGACAAGAAGCAAACCACAGAUCAAAGACGUGCUGGUGCAGAACAUCAAGAGGAAGAUCAGGGACAAUCCCUCUCCAGAGAGAAGCAUCAAUCUGUUUCACUGUCUGAAUGAACUAAAUGACCAUUCUCUGGUGGAGGAGAUCCAACAGUAUCUGAGAUCAGGGAGCUUCAGUGAAAACAAACUCACUCCUUCUCAGUGGUCAGCGCUCGUCUUCAUCUUACUGUCAUCGCGGAAAGACCUGGACGUGUUUGACCUGAAGAAGUUCUCUACUUCUAAGGAUGGACUUCAGUGGCUGCUGCCAGUGAUCAAAGCAUCCAAAACAUCUCUGCUGAGCAGCUGUAACCUCUCAUCGAGAAGCUGUGAAGUUCUGGCUUCAGUUUUAACCUCCAACACCUGUAAUCUGAGAGAACUGGACCUGAGCAACAACGACCUGCACAAUGAAGGAGUAAAGCUGCUCUCUGAGGGACUCAAGAGUCCACAGUGUGAGCUGGAGACUCUCAGGUUGUCAGGAUGUCUGAUCACAGAGGAGGGCUUUGCUUUCCUGGCUUCAGCUCUGAGCAACAACCCUUCACACCUGAAAGAGCUGGACCUGAGCUUCAACCAUCCAGGAGACUUAGCACUGAAGCUGCUGUCCGAUGGUCUGCGGGACCCCAAAUGGAAACUGGAAAUUUUCAAGAUUGAUCAUUGUGGAAAGAUCAGACUGAAUCAAGCUCCCCUUAGAUAUUUCUGUGAGCUCUCACUGGACCCAAACACAGCAGACAGAAACCUCCAACUGUCCAAAGACAACAAAGAGAUUGUGGUGGUGCAGGAGAAGCAGCCGUAUCCUGAUCAUCCAGAAAGGUUCGACAUCUGGAAGCAGCUGCUGUGCAGCGAUGAUCUGACUGGACGCUGCUACUGGGAGGUCCAGUGGAGAGGACGGGUGAGGAUCGGAGUGAGCUACCGAGGAAUCAGGAGGAAGGGAGGCAGCGAUGAAUGUUGCAUCGGAUGGAACAAUCAGUCCUGGAGUCUGUACUGCUCAGCUCAGGGAUUCACCGCCUGGCACGAUAACACACCGACAGACAUUACAACACCUCCAUCGUCUGGCUCUAACAGAGUAGCAGUGUAUGUGGACUGGGCUGCUGGUACUGUGUCCUUCUACUGUCUGCCCUACACAGUCUCCUCCAUCAGACGGAUCCACCUCCACACCUUCCACUGCACCUUCACUGAACCGCUUUACGCUGCCUUUGGGUUUGGACGAGUUCUGGAGUUUGGAAACGACUCCAUGUUGUUAUCGUCCUCAGUGGCUCUGUCUCAGGUAGUAGAGUGAAUGUUGGUGUAGAAAUGUGGCUCCUGCAGCGUGCACAAGGCUCCUGCAAGUUUCAAAUCCUUUUUUUUCUGUUGUACAUAUUUAUUUACGUUUCACUACCUCCAUCCAUCCAUUAUCUACACACCGCUUAAUCCUCAUUAGGGCCGUGGGGGGCUGGAGUCUAUCCCAGCUGACUUAGGGUGAAGGUAGGACAGGUCACCAGUCUGUCACAGGGCUACACAUAGAGACAAUCAAUCACACUCACAUUGACAAAUCAUUUAGAAACACCAAUUAGCAUUUUUUGGACUGUGGAGGGAGCCAGAGAACCCGGAGAAAACCCACACAUGCACAGGGAGAACAUGCAAACUCCAUGCAGAAAGAUCCCAGGCCAGGAUGCGAACUGUGGAUCAUGUAGCUGUGAGGCAACAGUGCUAACCACUGUGCAACCCGUUUCACUACAUCAACAUAUCAAAAGUGCUGCUUUAAAACCAGUUUUUGUAUGCAUCUGUAUGAGUUGUCCAGGUGAGAAACUUUUUUAACGAGCAACUGUGAGAGGAAGAGAUUUGUGUAAAGCUGACUGACGCCUACAGACCUGAACUGACUAACAGACCAGAAAUCUGUAAUGACUGUGAAGCUAAAACUUGACUUAUGACUGUUUGUAGAUGGAUGAAACUAACCGACCCACACAGGACUAUCACAUCUGCAGGUGAAGAGUAAUGCAGCACAAACAAAAACACCAUCAGAGCACAUUUAGCAAAGGUACUGAACACGGCAGAGAAUAUGCACUUUGGUACAAACCUCUGUUUUUGAGAUAAUUUCAUUUUUGUCAUUUAAAAUAUAUGUACAACAAUAGAUCUUUGCUCCAUUGUUAUAAAUACAGACAAAAAACUAUCCACCCUUCAACAUAAUAAUAAUAAAUGGUAACUUAAAGCACAAUAACAAUGUUAUUACACAUUAUGAAAACAGAUACUGUAAAAUAAUCUGGUCAAAUUCAACAGAAAAGAGAGGGAAGAAUGGAGUUAGAUAAAAUAAGCCUAAACAAAACAACAAAAAUAUGCCUGAAAAGGACAUUUUAAAGAAAUGAUAGGUAGGGAUGUCCGAUAUUGGCUUUUUUUUUUGCCGAUAACUGAAAUGCCGAUAUUGCCCAAUGCUUAAUUUUUGAUUCCAAUAUCUACCGAUACCGAUAUAUGUGGGUUAUUUAACGAGUUUUAGAUAAAACCACAUAUCUCCUGUAGUGGAAUUAACACAUCAUGUCUGGUUUAUGCCCCAAUGGAGGCAUUCUCAAAUGCAACAAGGCUUUCCAAAUGUAAACAUUGCCUGUGCAAAGUAAGAAACUUCAACUUAAGUUAUAGAAAAAAAAUGCCAUAUAUUUUUUUUUUUUAAUUGUCUCAAGCAACAGUUCACACUCCCCUUCCCUCCUUCUAUAAGUCUGGUAAAUGCUGGUGAAAUCCAGACAUUAUUUUAUUGGUUUUCAUGAUAGACAAAAAAUAAACGAAAACGAUAAUGACUGAUACUACAUUUUUAUGCAUAUAUAUAUAUUUAUCAGCCAUCCCUAAUAAUAGGUUUAGUGAGUUAAUCUCAGCCAAAAGUUUUCUGAAUAGCCCUGAAUCUCCAAUUCUUUGUGCUCAUAGAAAACAUUUAAAUAUAAUAACUGCAUUAGAGAUAUAUCAUCCGAUGCAUAAAUGCAAAAUAAAAAUAUUUACCGUAUUUAUUUAUAUCAAGGGUGAAGGGAAAGUCAAGUGGAAUUUAAAUGGAAGUUAUCAAAAACAAAAGCAAAGCCUGAAUGAAACAAAAAGUAGACAGGACCAGACGGAUAAUUGAUAAAUUUUAUACAGCCUCAGUGUUGAUAACUUGUUUGGGUUUUAUUCCGUCAUAGAAAAUAUAUAACUCCACUCAUGAACGCAAAAUAUAAUAGAAGAGUCAAGGCAUCGUGAAGACAGAGAAAGAAAAUAAGACUGAGUGCUGAAGUCUCAGUGUUGUUGUUUCUGUAAUAAAAGGAAUUCACAGUUCACUUAUUUAUUGCCGUAAAUUUCGUUGACACGCAGUUUGACUUUAAUUCAGGGUUUUGUCCGAGCACUGAUGGAAGUUUGCACAGAAAUGAAGAUGUAAAAAAUGUUUAUGGUUG